GAUGACGGCGGCCAAAGCUCUCGCCGGUGCCCAAAUGUGCUUCCUCGUCCUACUCCUGAUGAGCGGCGUCGCCUCGGUGUCGGCUCAGUUUAACGGAUACAACUGUGAUGCUAACCAGCACAGCAGGUUUCCUGGCGAGCGGGACGUCAGCGUGUAUUGCGGCGUGCAGACCAUCACGGUGAAGAUCAACUUCUGCCCGGUGCUGUUCUCCGGAUACACUGACACGGACCUGGCGCUCAACGGUCACCAUGGCGACGCCCAAUGCCGCGGCUUCAUCAACAACAACACCUUCCCCACCGUUGUGCUGUUCAGCAUCGGCCUCAGCACUCUGGAAGCUUGCGGCAAUAGCCUGGAGGUCAGCACAGCCUUGGGACCCAACGCCUAUGGGAACAUGUCGCUGGUACAAAUCGGGAACGUCUCCGGCUUCGUUGACACCCCCGACCCUCCGACUAUCAUCAGCUACCUCCCUGGUUUGUUGUACAAAUUCAGCUGCAGCUACCCGUUGGAGUACCUGGUCAAUAAUUCACAACUGGCUUCUUCGUCAGCCGCCAUAUCCGUCAAGGACAGCAACGGCACGUUUGUGAGCACACUGAGUCUCAUGCUGUACAACGACUCCACAUACAACCAAAUGCUCUCCAUCCCGAUGGCCGGCCUGGCUUUGAAGACCAGAGUGUUUGCUGCAGUCAAGGCCACCAAUCUGGACAAACGUUGGAACAUCUUGAUGGACUACUGUUACACAACCCCCUCAGGGAAUCCUAAUGAUGAACUUCGCUACGACCUUUUCCUGGGCUGCUACAAAGACCCUCAGACCACCGUUUUUGAGAACGGCAAGAGUCAGAUGGGACGUUUCUCCUUUGAGGUUUUCCGCUUUGUCAAGCACCGGCACCAGAAGAUGUCCACCGUUUUCCUGCAUUGCGUCACCAAGCUGUGCAAAAGCGACGAUUGCAUCAUGCUCAUGCCGAUCUGCGGGCGGCGGCGGCGAAGGCGGGACGAAGGGACCGGCCUCGGAUCGCCUCCGGCCGCCAGUGGCAAUGCCGUCAUUAGCGCUGGGCCAAUCAUCACCAGGAGUGAUGAUACCGCUGUCAACAACACUCAGCUUGCGCCAGGCGGCCCCUCCCAUCUGGUGAAUCCGGUAACCACGGCGCUCAUCUCGGGCGUGGUCAUACUGGGCGGGACGAGCGUCGGCUUCGUACUGCUGUCGCUUCGCCUCCUGCAGAAGUCCCACGUGCUAGCAUCCUCCUCCUCCUCCUCGGCAGCCUCAGGAGUUUGGAACCCCGCCUUUAAAUGAACACAAUUAAAUUAUAAACACACAAUAGUUAAUUCAUUUGCACGCACGUCACUAAAUGUGUGUUUCAGGUGUUGUUAGAUUUUAAGUACACGACAAAAAAGUUAGAUAGUUUGAAUUCUUAUAAGGCAGAAAUCUUAAGAUUGUUACUAAGAUACUGACCAAAAGUAUAGAAGCAUGAUUUAAAAUUAGUUUUUUUUUGGUUAAAAUCAAUAAUAUUUUUUUUUA